CAUUCAAACAAAUCUGAGCAUAAUAAUAUUAUUGACGCUGACACCAAAUUACCCUGUAAAUGUUUACCAUGGCAUGCAGCGAAUUUUAUUUUUAAUAUAUAUAAUAGGUUUUCCAUUGAUCAAACCCUCAAUGGCUCAAGGCUUACAUUACAAAAACAGUCAAACAUAUUUUCGUGGCCGGUUAUAAUAAUAUUAACCUUAAAUAUAUCAAGAGCCGAUUAAAAACAUUACUCACAAAAAUCAUAAAAAUAUAAUUUUAAUGGUCAUAACAUAAAACCUUUAGAAUGUAAUUUUGUCCUGCAUAUGACCAAAGCGUAGCUUCAGUAUCGGCCAAUUGACUUGGCCAUUGUUAUCGUACAAAAAACGCAGCAUUGUCAACGACGUUAGUGAAUUAAGAUAAUCAGCUAUUUUGCUCUCAGUCAAAUAUAAUAAAGUUAUUAAAUAUUGAUUUCAUUGUACUUUUUACCCUAUUUGCAAGAAUGAAGUUUCGUUGUUUCCUGUUGCUGUAUAUUUUUAUCUUGCCGAACGAGCUGAUGAUAUGUGGUAAAACAGGUGACUUGUGCAUCCACAAACUUGUUAAAGGUCGUCUCGUUACUGAAGGUUUCUGUGAGACUCCAAAUGAACAAGAUAUUAUCACCCAACUGCGAAACAAUGUAGAAGCUGCAAAGGAAAGGGAAAAACUUAAAACCUGGUAUAAAGCAAGCAACAACUUUUACUACAAAAUGUUCUUGGACCAGGUUUCUUAUGCGACUGCCAAAGCAAACUGUCAAGAGAAAAAGGCAAGUUUAGCUUCCGUUGGUGUUCGCGAUUCUUCAAUAAGAAAUCAUUUAAUCAGUCUCGCCAGUGGGGAAAAUGUGUGGAUUGGAUUGAAUGAUAUUGAAAAUGAAGGCAACUUUAUUUGGGAGGAUGGCGUCGUUUCCACCGCAGAUAAUACUCCUUGGAUAGAUCCACAACCUGAUAACGCUGCGGGAAAUGAAGAUUGCGUCCAUUUGACGGAAAAUUCAUUAAAUGACUAUGAUUGUUCUGGAUUAUUACCGUAUAUAUGUGAAAAAUUUGUUUGAGCACAAACUGAUUCUUUGUAUCAUCAAUAGAUGUUGAGUACCGGUAAUUAGUAUUUUGGCUUUAAAUUGGUUAUAUAAUUCAUUCGGUAAUUAAAUUAAUGAUUAUCUGCAUCGAGACUUUCAAUAAAUGUUGAGGUUUCGUUUUACUUUAUGGAUUAUUUAUUUUAUAAUAUUCAAUAGCUGUAAGUGCUUUUGAAUUUCUUCACUCA